UUAUCACUCCCGAAAACCCUAGAGCGAUUUGAGAAAGGCGGAAACCCUAGCUCUGCAAUUGGAGCCUCUGCCGCCCUUUGCUCACUGAAUUCGACAGCCAUGGCUACUGCUAAGACCGUCAAGGAUGUAUCUCCUCACGAGUUCGUCAAGGCCUAUGCCGCUCAUCUCAAGCGAUCUGGAAAGGUUGAACUCCCACCAUGGACAGAUAUAGUGAAGACUGCAAGAUUCAAAGAGCUUGCUCCUUAUGAUCCUGAUUGGUAUUACGUGAGAGCUGCAUCCAUGGCAAGGAAGAUCUACUUGAGGGGAGGUCUUGGUGUGGGAGCAUUUAAGCGUAUUUAUGGUGGAAGCCAGAGGAAUGGAAGUCGCCCACCACACUUCUGCAAAAGCAGCGGUGCUAUUGCCCGUCACAUUUUACAUCAAUUGCAGGAGAUGAACAUUGUUGAUGUUGACCCGAAGGGUGGAAGGAGAAUCACUUCAAGCGGUCGACGGGAUCUCGAUCAAGUCGCUGGACGGAUUGUUGUUGCCCCGUGAGCGAUCAAUUACCUGUUUUGAUAAUUAGACUUAUGUUUUGCCUGAUGAGAUACAAUUAAUUUCUUAUGCGCCAUUAAAAUUUUGGAUUUAGCUGUUUAAAGAUUUUCAGAUGAAGAUGGUUACUCAUGUUUUUCUCACGGGUUCUGAAUGGUUUAAAGUAAUCUUCUAUUCCGUUAGUUAUUUGUUUUUUCCUUUU